AUGGGCGCGUCGGAUCGGGCCUUAGACACAGACCAUGGUCACACCGCAGACUGCUACACGGGCCGUCGUUCGGUGCUCCUCCUAGUCCUAGCCUCAGCCAGCGCUCCUCCUAGCCUCGGCUUGCCGCAGCCUGCAUCACGGAUCCCCUCCCAUCACGGAUCGACGCUCCCCAUCACGGAUCCCGCUGGGCGCUGGGCGCUCCCCAUCACGGAUCAGCCUGCAUCACGGAUCCCGCUGGGCGCUGGCCUCGGCUUCACGGAUCCACUGCCAGCGGCCUAGCUCCCCAUCCCGUCGUGGCUGGCGAGCAGAGGCGUCGCCGGCUCCCCUGCCAGCGGCCUAGCUCCCCAUCCCUCCCUGGCUGGCGAGCAGAUGCGUCGUCGGCUCCCCUGCCAGCUCCCCCGCCAUCUCUACGCCAGAGGCCCAGAGUCGUGGCAAGCAGAGCGCGAUUGAACGCCUGUCACCAGCACGACUGAACGUCCGCCGCCCUACAACAGCAACAGAAAGCAUCCUCCUGUAACUGGAUUGUGGCUGCUCCGUUGCUGUUUGACUCAGUGAAGUUCAGCUUGAAGGACAGAGAACUGACACCGGUGAUAUUACAAAACACGAUUGAGUGGAGAUGGAUUUAAGGAUAUCUGAGGGUUCUGGUACUAAUACCACCUUGGAUGACCAAUCGAUACAAUCGCCGACCAGAAGGGCAAAGGUUUGGGAGUAUUUUCUACAAGAGUUAGUUGAGGUUGAUGGAGUGAUGAAGGCUGUUUGCAAAUACUGUGGGGCGAAGCUGACAAGUAAAAGGAAUUCAGGAACAAAUAGCCUUAGAAACCAUGUUGCGGAUACAUGUCCUAAAAUUCCAGUUGAGGACCGCAAGCAAUUCAUUGCUACAAUGAGAAAAAGGACAGGAGAAGGUUCAUUUGUGUUUGACCCUCGAAAGACUCGUGAGUGCAUGGUUAAGUGGUGCAUCAGUGCCGAGGUCGCAUUCAACAAGUUUGAUGAUCCUUUCUUUGCCACGUGGAUGGAGUCAUUGCAACCAUCGUUCAGCGGUGUUGGGCGUCAGACAAUGAGAAAUGAUUGUAUUGCCAGAUUCAAGAUGAUGAGGCAAGAGCUAAGGAAUGAGCUACAGAGUCUUAACUCUCGGAUUUGCUUGACAUCUGAUCUUUGGACCUCAAAUCAGAAGUUGGGUUAUCUUUGCUUGACAGCCCACUACAUUGAUGCAAACUUUAUCUUGAAAAAGAAGACUAUUGCAUUCAAAGAUGUCAAAUAUCCACACACGAGCCUAGCAGUCGAAGAAGUAAUUACGAAGUGUCUCAUAGAGUGGGGGAUAAAAGAGAAGGUGUUUACUAUCACAUUGGAUAAUGCCUCCAACAAUCAAUCAGCAUGUGACCUCCUUCGAGAAAGUGGACGUUCAGACAUGUUAUUUGGAGGCGAGCAUCUUCAUGUCCGAUGUUGUGCACAUAUCUUGAAUCUCCUAGUUCAAGAUGGAAUGGCAAUUGCUCAUGGAGCAAUCGAUAAGAUUCGUGAUCUGGUCAGACAUAUCAUAUCCUCACCCUCUCGCAUACAAGCUUUUAAUGAGAUUGCUGAGAGGUCUGGAUUGCCUUCAAAGGCCGGAUUAAUUCUUGAUGUUCCAAAUCGUUGGAAUUCGACACACAACAUGAUUAUGGAGGCCAUUGAGUACAAAGUUGUCUUGAAGAGAUAUGCUGAGGAACAACUUGAGCCUUCACCAGAUGAUGAAGAGUGGACAAAUUCUGAGGCAAUUGGAGAGUUUCUUGGGGCAUUUGAGGAAGCUACAAAAGCAUUCUCAGCACAUAGAAGUCCAACAUCUCAUUUGUUUUUGCAUAAUGUGCUAUGUAUCCAUCAAGCUCUAAGAAAUGAAAAUUGGCAAAUCAAUUGUGUGCUUGAGGAUUUGGCACUAGCAAUGGAUUCUAAGUUCGAUAAAUACUGGGAGAAGGGCAAGUAUAAUAUGGCACUUGUCAUAGCCACUAUACUUGACCCGUCAAAGAAGAUGGAUUUUUUGGACUUUUUUUAUGAGAAGACGUGUCAACAGUUUAUCGACAUCCAGAUAAACAUGUCCUUGGCCAAACAAUGGUUCACUAAAUUUUUUGGUGAAUAUGCAAAAAUUGUUCAAAAAGAUACUACAGUCUCACCUAUUGUUGCUACAAAUACUAGUACUUUGGGCUCACCGAUUCUUGGAAAAAGAAGGUUGGAUAAAGAAUUUUCUCAGUGGUCCCAAACAAGAGGAAGACGUCUUGCAAAGUCUGAGCUUGACGCAUACUUAGAAGAAGAAUUUGUGAGAACAGAUGAAAGAUUUGAAAUUCUAAGUUGGUGGAGGACAAAUACAAACAAAUACCCAGUGCUUUCAGCUAUGGCGCGUGAUUUAUUAGCAAUACCUUUGAGCACUGUUCCUUCGGAGUCUGCUUUUAGCGCCGGUGGUCGCAUUCUUGCUGAUAAUCGAAGCUCAAUGACACCAGAAACACUUGAAUGCCUUGUAUGCUGCAAGGAUUGGUUGUAUGAGUACCCAAAUAUUCAAGUUUAUCCAGUUGUGUUUGGACCCAGCUAGCAGCAACACUCAUCCUACCCGUGGAAAUGGGGAGAUUUAUGCGUCGUCCGAUGGGCUUCUGAUGCUAUCUAGAUGUCCCCUUUCAUUGUUGCUAGCUUCAAGCUUGAUCACAGACUCUUUUCACUGCUACUAGUUUAUGUUUCUUGACAAAAAGAUUAUUGUUCAUUAAGGAUCUUUAACAGAUGUUUUUUGUUAUUCUCUCGAGACCUAAAUGUUUAUCGACCAAAAUUGUUACUGUGUAUGCAAGUAUGCAACUAUGUUUUUGUAUGUCACUGAAACUACCUAUAAAAUUGUUAUUGUGUAUCAGUGUA